UUCACUGCACAGCUAAAACUGCCUUCGAAGUCACGUGUAAAGAAAACACCAAUGACAUGCAAGACAAUGACUAUCAGCACAGCCACCACGAUAAUGACGGCAGCAGCUGUCUCCUCCAAUAUUCCGGAAGUGACGACUUAUACCUCGGAAAUAAUAAUAAUAAUAAUAAUAAUAAUAAUAAUAAUAAUAAUAAUAAUAAUAUGUCUGGGGAUAACACCGUUUAUCCCGGAAGUGAUACGACUAAUGAAAGAAGUAAUAUGUUCAUUGGAAAUGACAAAUCAUAUACCGGAACUGAAAAUAUGUACACCGGAAAUAACGAAGUUAUGUAUUCUGGAAGUGAGGCAAUGUACACUAAACAGGACACUAUCAAUUUCGGAAGUGAUUCUGCGUAUUCAGGAAGUAACAUGUUGUCUGCGAGCGACAAUUUAUAUGCCAGAAGAAAUAUCUUCGCUGAAAUUGACGCCACCUAUUCCGGAAGUAGUAACAUGUACUCUGAAAAAGGCAAAAAUCACAGCGGAAGUGACAGUGUAUAUACUGGAUAUGAAAACAUAUUCGCCGGAUGUGACAAUCUCGAUGAUAUCCCAGAAGAAGAAGAUAAUGGACAGUACUCGGAUGAAAGGUGGAGGCAGAGGGUUGAAAACGAGGCUGUGGACAGCAGCGCAAACAUCGUCUGCACUGGAGAUGUUUGCACAUUCGGUUAUAUGAAUGAAAACUGGACAGACAAAAUGUCUACCCUUUCUGACAUGACUUGCCGGCAAGGUGGCGCUAGUGGUGACAGCUGUGUCGAGGCCGUCGACUCGGUCACGUGUGGUAAUAGUACUGUUGGUUUCAGCGAUAGUGAUAAAGUUGUACCCCGGUACCUAAGACAGACUAGUAUCACAACUUCCGGGUACCAUUCUCUCGAAGAAGGAGCCAGCGGAGUAGAGAGAAAUUAUGAACCAACCGGAAGUUGUUAUAGCGGUUUCUUAGACGUCACGAGUUAUACAUGCGACAAAGGUUCCCGAUUGGAUGGCGACGGAAAAGAGGCCGAUGAAAUUGCCAUCACCACCGGGUUCGGCGCCGGACAGGAAGUAAAGGAUCGUUGCGAAAGUGAGAGUAGUCGAGACGUCACCGGAUACGAUGUGAAUGCUGAGCAUAGAAAAAGCGGAAAUAUCGGUGCUGUGACAGGAUAUGAAUCGGAAGCGGACGUUGCAGAUUUUGCUGCAGGAAUGACUAGCAAGAGAGGGGACAACGGAAAUGGCUAUCACAUGCAUCACGUGACCGGCUACCGAGGAAACGUUGGAGACGGCGCGGAGCACCGUCGGGGCGGAGAUGCCGAUGGUUCCAAUGUUAUAGGACGUGCAGCGAGCAUGUACAGUGAUUGCAGCGACGCUACGGACGGAGACGAACAUCCUGUAAAUCGAGACGGCGACGGAAUCACAGAACGACGAACGGAAGGAAAGGGUACAGGCCACGAAGUUCAUUGUGACGACGAACCGAUCGGCUAUUCCAGACAGAAUAUCACUAACGCGGCGUUGUCUAACCCUUUAGAUAUGCGGUGUUCUGUUGAGGGUGAGCCUGACUUGUGUCCCUUACAACAGACAGGGACGUACACGCGCCGCAGUAUCGAAGCCAACGACACUUCGAAUAAUCGUUACGAUGACGAAGUCACUGGCUACUCGGUCGAACGUUGCAUUUCUUAUACAGGCAAUACAUCUGCCGCUUCUGCUAGCGGAGAGGUUAAUGGGACGGACAAAGAUCGUAGUUACUCAGAUUUAACGGAAGACAGCGACUACACGCUGUUCACAAGCAUCUGCUACAAAGAUAUGGAUUAUCCAGUGAUCGAGGAAAACAUUGAACCAGCAGAAGGAUGCCCCUGUACGAGAUCGAAUUUGGUGAAAGGCGGGAAACUAUGCGAGCAUUCAGACGAUGAUUCAAAAGAUGUUACUACUGAUAUUUCCACAGUAUGUGCAAAGAAAGACUUCAUGCGAGACGAGAUGGAAGAUAAAGAGUUGCCCGAAUACGUUGUUUUAGGAUUUACUGGUGUUGAAGAUUUGGAAACGAUAAAGAGAGGAGAUGUUAACCCGGUUUAUGGACCCAACAUUAACAAUUCUGUUAAUAAUCGAAGCGUCUUCGAGUUCAAUAGACGCAAUCUGCAAGACUCUGAGUUUUCCGAGAAGGACGAAUUUGUGAAGGGUAAAGAUUCAAUAUCUAAUGCGGGGCCUCAAAUUCCUAAAUCUCAUUCUGUAAAUUCUGUGAAUUUUGAAGGCACUGCUACUCCGAGUACUUCGUUCGAAUUUGAAGAAGAUGCCGUCCAUGAAUUCACCGAUUGUGACGUAGCUCACGUGACGUGUGACAUCAUUGAAGAUGGCGGGGAAGACAAGAAGCGGAAUGACAGUUUAACUGAAGAACUCUACUGCUCAAAGUCGUAUGUAGAGGAACCAGAAAAUAAGUGUGCGGUCACAAAAUACGCAGCUAAUCUUUGCGAAGAGACUAAUACGAGGAGGUUGACUUACAACGAGGAAGAGAUAAACAUUGAAAGCGAAGAAAUCCUUGAAAGCUACGUGAACGUCGUUUUACCAACGGAGAGAAAAGGAAGACAUUUUAACAGUGACACAAGCGAGUACGAAGGAAUUAUCUUGGAAAAUAACUGCAAAAACGACGAGAAUAAGGUUGAAAAAGAAAAUAACACGAGUUUGUGCAUAGUCGAUUCUGUCGACAAAGGUCUCAACUGGAAAUUUGAAGAAGACAAAAUGGCGAAAAGCAUUGUAGAUUCUUUUGAGUCUCGUUUCAAUCGCAGUGAAAUGUCCCCCGUUUUGGAAAUCCCUGAAAAUACUGAUCGUUCUUUCCCUGAUUUCAAAAUUUUGAAUAAACAGGACGAAGAUUUAAGUGGCAACACGAACGAUGACAAGAAUCAAGACCAGGAACGGAACGAAAGUGGUGAAAGUCUUCGUGAUAUCUGCAACACAACGCAUGAAGAAAUGCACAGAGAGUUGCAGUCGACAAACAAACUGUCAUCUGAACAAAAUACAUUUUCCCCACAAACGAGCACCACUGGCGAAUCGAACACAGAUUGUCAACGUUGUGAAGAUUCUUCAUUGGAAACUGAUGAAACCAUAGAUUUCCAAAUGGCUAUAGCUUUAGAUAUUAAGGAAGAGAAAAUCGGCGACGGUCAACUCGAGUCGAUGCAAUCCUUGAGUUGUACGAUUCUGGAAACUGGAUUUCAUCGCAACUGGACCAGACCUGAAGAAGCAGACGACCACGUCAAGCAACAUGAAAAUAAAAGCUACAUGGGUGAAGGAGACAACUUCGUUAUGGAGGCGCUUUGUGAGCGACGCACGACGGAGUCAACCGGAAAUUUCGUCAAACGUGUCGCUGGUGACCAUAAAACAGCACCUCCAUCAUGCGAAACACGUAUCGGCGACGCCGAACCCACGGUCGAGGUGGAAGCCGUCGGAGGUAAGACCGACGAAACCACGCCAAAGACUGAUUGCACCACGGUACCGCGUAUUGAACAAUUAAAACGUGAAGCGGGUGCUGGAAACACGAAAAAAGCUGCCGACCACGAGGACAGUGACCAAACGCCUCUCAUCACCAGUGAGUGGCCACCAGCUGACAAUAGCAAGGAUACAGAAGAUCGUGAAGAUUCCGGUGUCUGGACUAUAGACACAGAGGCUGAGGACAACUUAGACUCCGACACCAUGCGGUUUUUCAAGAAGAGUCCCCCCAAACCAGUCAAGGAGGAGACACCCCCGCCAGUAUCCGCUCCUGCCGAGGAAUCAAUUCCAGCCAAUGGCGGUUCAACACCAGCUGAAACCAUCCCCUCCUCUAACAAUUCGGCCGAGCCUGUGAUUACCAAAACUGUCGGCCAAGAGCAAGUUCCGCUGAACACACUGGCUCAGGAGUCGAAGAAAGCCGAAACAGCAGCAGAAGAGAGAGCCACAAAGCAAGAUGCCGUAGACGGAGGGUCAGACUCGCUUCCAGCAAAAAGUCAGGUUGACUUCAUUGAAGAUGACUUGAUCAGCAAUGCCUCCAGCGUGGACAUAUUUAACAUUGAGGACGAACUAGAAGAUUUCAAGGUAUAA